GUUUAACAUACAUCUUUCAGAAACCAAAGCAAUGAGACGAGACAUCGGAGUCUGAGUAGUUUCCGUUCAUCUUGACUAAACGAUACAUAUUGCAAUUAGUUUCCAGUUUUCAGGAGGUAGAUAUUCCGAGUAACUGAAGACAUGAAAGAAAUUGGAUUUGCAGCUCUUUGCUGUCUGUUGGUGUGGACACCAAUGGUUGCUUCGCAGUCUGAGGCUGGUUCUCAACAAGGUUCGAAGCAAUGGUUCUGGAACUCCACAACGAGUGCCACAGACUCCCAAACGGCUGAUGAACUGAUACCCAAAAGCACAACCGCAUCAACUGCUUCUGUAACUUCUGAAGCCCCAGCAACCGAGUCAUCGUCAAAAAAUGACACUGAUACACAAAUAUUCUCACCAGGAGUUUUCGAUAGCGAAGCUUUCUUGCCAGCCAACAUUACAAGCGGCAGAAGUUCCUUUUUGGCCGAACUUUUCUCUGAUGAUUUUGCUCCAGCGAACGUCACCAGAGGUAGAAGUUCAAAAGCGAUGAACCUCGACAUUUUAGGCAACGUCAGAGAAGGAAGAAUUCUGAAUGACGAUCCAGGUAACCGUAAACUGUCCCUCCAAGGUUUCAUUCCCAUUAUAUCCUUUUCUGGUAAAGAGGGAGAUGAUGAUGAUGGAGCCAAAUCUUCAUCAAAGAAGCGACAGGAAGAUGACUUGUACUAUAAUGGACCUUAUCCACCAAUUCCUAUCGACGAGGAAGAACAAACCAAGUCUGAUAAUUAUUAUCUCCCAUCCACAGAUUCGCAAAAAAUCAAUCGCCAGGCAUAUCAAAAGGCUAUAAAUCCCCAGAAACAAGAGUUUGGUUCGAGAAUCCAUGAAGCAAAGCAAUCAAAUCAUAAGUAUUACAUUCCUCCUCCCCAGAACCCAGUAACAAACAAUCAACAGAAUAAAAACAAAUAUGCUGUUGUUCCAGAAAAAGAGCUCGUUCGUUAUAUUUCCGCAAAUGACUACCACAAAAGGCCCACUUACCAAGAGUCUCAACAGAAGUUUUUGGCCCAGAAUCAACAAGACGUCGCUAAGUCAGAAUCACAAACAAAUGGACACUUUCUCGUGACUUCAAAACCAGAUAGGGAUGAUGACGACGAACCGUAUGUUCCAGCCGGACCCUAUGCGCCACAACCUCUUCCAACAAACGAAAGGUAUGCAACCAAAGAUACUACUGCAAAGCAGUUCAGACCAGGAAGUAAACAAUUCGAUCAAGAAGGAAUAUAUGAGCUCACGAAUGGAAAUUAUAUUCUCAGUAAUGAUCAAGGAAAUGAAGAGAAAUGUAUCUGUGUACCUUUCUACCUGUGCAGAAAUGGGUAUUUGGCCAACUAUGGAAGAUCUUUGGAAAAAGAUGAUAUUGAUGAAAGGUCUGCAAGAAAAGUCUCCAAAAGGAGUGCGGGAAAUGAAACUAAAGCCACAGAUGAUAUCGUUGAAGCUGAAACUCUUGCUCCAUACACCGAAGACAUCAUGGCGAGAAUGAUAGGUCUCAGUAACGUAGGAGACAGCUGUGGUUUGCUGCGUAGGUGUUGCAAGGUGCCUCAAAGGGGCGCUCCAGGUGGACUCUUGCCAUUCAGUCCAGAUAACUAUCCUAUUCCUCACCCUGCUGGAGACUUCAGUCAACUUCCACCAGGUCUUUUGCCACCAGGACUCCAAGGCAUCAAUCUCCAGCAAUUCCAAGGUAACGGAGAGGAACAAAAUGUGUAUAUCGUUAAUCAAGAUUCACAGUCAGGUCAUCCUCAAGAGCAGCAAAUAAUAUUAGUUCCUCAAGGGGUUCCACAACAUCAACCACCUCAACGUAGACCAAGACCAGUAUUCCCUCAACCUAAACCACCACAAAGUUUUCCUCCUCAUCCUCCUCCCACAAGACCGAACCCUAAUCGUUCUAUCAGGCCAUCUUACCCUCAGAACCAGAACACUCCACAAAGGAGACCACAACGUCCUCCUCAGCCCGUGUAUCCCCAGGAACCAGUGUAUCAACCUCAGCCUAGCUACCCUCAGCCUCAACCAGUGUACCCACCACCAAGUUCCCGUCCACCAAAACGAGUAUUCCCUCAACCUGAGUACCACGAACCCCAACCGCAAGUGAAUCAAGGACAGUGUGGAGCCAGGAAUGGACUUGGCGUGCACGGGCGAGUCAAUAAUCUCCAAUAUCACGACGAUGCUUCUGAGUUUGGAGAAUAUCCAUGGCAGGCGGCUAUACUUUUGAAAGUCGGACCUGGUAAUAAUUUAUUCGUUUGUGGCGGUACCCUUAUUUCUGACCAAUGGGUGGCAACAGCAGCACAUUGUCUCAAGAAACACCAGGCUGAUGAACUUAAAGUUCGACUUGGAGACUGGGACGUCCACAGGGAUGACGAAUUCUAUCCUUACAUUGAGAAAUACGUAGUCGAAGUGGUUGUUCAUCCCGAUUUCUAUCCUGGAAAUCUGCAAAACGAUUUGGCUCUACUGAGGUUGGAAUCGCCCGUCGAUCCAAGUCUGCCCCACAUCUCGCCAGCUUGCUUGCCAGAGUUGAACGAGAAAUUCGAUAAUUUGAGAUGUUGGGUGACUGGAUGGGGAAAGAAUGCUUUUGGUGAGCAGGGAGAGUACCAGAGUGUUCUAAAAGAAGUGGACGUUCCUAUUUUGAGUCAACGAGACUGUGAGCACAGACUGAAACAGACAAGAUUAGGUCGAAGCUAUCAGCUGCACCCUGGAUUCUUGUGUGCAGGAGGUGAACCAGGGAAAGAUGCUUGCACGGGUGACGGUGGUAGUCCUUUGGUCUGCGAUCAUGGAGGCACCUGGAAGGUCGCUGGGCUUGUGUCCUGGGGAAUCGGCUGUGGACAGCCAGGAGUCCCCGGAAUUUACGUCAACAUUGCCAAAUACAGAAGCUGGAUUGAGACCGUCAUUUACAGAUUUGGCUAAAGUGUUACCUUAUUAUUCUGUAGGAAGAUAUUUCAAAACCUCAUCAAUUUUGUAUGUUGCAAAUGGAAAUUGUCUACUGGUAGACAAUUUUCGGAAACAUUUUCAAGGCUAAUUCUGUGGUUAAAUAUCUUUCUAUAUUAGAUGUAUAUAAAUUUUUAAUUGUAAAUAACUGAAGAUAAAACUUAACUUUUAAGUGGGCAAUACAUAAUUUAUUCAGGAAUUUUCUGAAAAACUUUAUUGAAAUGGGUUAUUUCUGAAGCGCGUAUUUUAAAUACCUUCUCUAAAAUGUAUAAAUGGAAUAUAUAAGGCAUUAAAUCCCAGAAUUAAUGCUUUGAAACACAAAAGAAAGUAUACAUGAGCUAUCUGCAACAAGAAGAUUAAAUGUAUACCAAAUUGGUAAGAACAAAAUUCUGUUCCUGUGCUCAUAUUUUUAUUUUCUUGGUGCAGAACUAAUUGUAGCCUUUCGAAUUCCCUCUUUACUGCGAAUUGAGCCUUUUUGUUAUUUGAGCAGCAGUGUCUGUUCUACUGUUUUUAUUUAAUUUAAAGAAUUAUUAAAAACGCGAUAUUAUAAGUGAGAAAAUAAAGAUGCAUUAUUUGCACAAUA